UUGAUAUCUUGCUGAAGAAAAGGCUUUUAUUGCAUCCGCCCAGGAGUUGAUGGAAUUCUUCAGGUUGUCGUACUAAGUAACUAUCGAAAAAGCUAGACGUCAUUAUCUCGCUCGUUAUCAUUGGAUCUGACCUUUAGCCUUGAUUGCGAAAUUUGUCUAAAUGACCGAAAAAGACUUGUUAUUGCCAGAGGUCCUUAGUCGAGUCAUAUGCCAAUUGAGGCUAACAACAUGGAGACUGAGUUCAAGUACACUCCGGGUUGUGCGACCAAGUCCGCCAAGGCCGGGACCUUGAGCCGAAAACAACGAGAGUUCUAUGAGAAGAAUGGUUUUCUGGUGAUCCCCAAACUCAUUCCCGAGGACCUGAUCGAUGCCUGCCAUCGACAGUUCCUCGAUGUCAUCGAUGGCCGCAUUCCCAAAGGCGGAAUCACCAUGAUGAAGGACAUCUCCCUGAGAGGAAAGUCGGGCUACACGAAUGAACGCGUGGUGAAUAAGAUCCAGGAUUGGGUCUGGGACGAGGUCUUCUCCAAGUACAUCCUUCACCCGCAUCUCUUGGAUUACGUGGAGAACUUCACGGGGCCCAAUAUCAUGGCCAUGCACACCAUGCUCAUCAACAAACCCCCAGAUUCGGGCAAGCUCACCUCUCGACAUCCGUGGCAUCAGGACUUGCACUAUUUCCCCUUCCGACCAGCCGAUCAGAUCGUAGCCGCUUGGACCGCCAUGGAACACAUUGAUGGAAACAACGGCUGCUUGGUGGCUUUCCCAGGCACUCACCGGGAGGAGACCUUGUAUCAACAUGAGUACCCCGAAUGGGAAGACGGCGUAAAUAAAAUGUAUCACGGAGUCCGUGGAAUGGACCAUAAACCCAAGGUGGAGCUUCACAUGGAAAAGGGAGACACUGUGUUCUUUCACCCUCUGAUGGUCCAUGGAUCUGGACCAAACAAAACGGCUAAUUUCCGUAAGGCCAUUUCUUGCCACUUUGCCUCGAGUGAUUGCCACUACAUCGACGUGCGAGGCACCAGCCAACAAUCCAUCGCCGACGAGGUCCAAGCCAUCACCCAAAAGCGAGGCCUCACCGACCUCACCUUCCAAGACAUUUGGCACAUGAGAUCGCGUUGCGUGCGAGGACUUCAAGGCAAGCUCUGAAAUAUCCCUUGCACCAACCUACCACCACCAACAACAACAACAACAACAACAACAACACUAACAACAACUACAACAGAAUACAGAUCCUGCCAGAUUUUAGGGUGGAGUGUCCGACUCAAAGUUGGACACUCUUAUUUCGUUUGGAAUAAUACAGAACAGAACAAAAACAUA